UCCGGUCGGUUAGUUUCGGUAGUUUCGGCGUGAGUUGUGGUGUGCUGCUGGCUGGUUGAGCGCUUCUGCUGCUGUGUCAGCGGCGUUGUAAUUCCCAAGUACUUACCGCCGUCCUCUGUUGCAGAGCUUGCCCAACGUACUAUUCCAUUUCUGUGCAGUGUGUUCCUCGCUUCCAGUCCUUGUGAUUGCCGGCGCUGUUGCGAUACACUGGGCUGGGCAUCCACAGCUGCAGAUGCACAGACCAGCACUUUCUUUCCAGGCGUAAUCUUUUGGAAUAAAACUUACCGCUAGUAUUUGCUAGCUUGGCAUCGAUGUGAAAACCUCAAUGGGAGAAUGCUUCCGUUGUGAUUUGGUUGUCGACGUUGUAUCGCCUCUACUGUCAGGACUUUCAAGUUGAAACUUGCCCACGUCAUCAUGGUGGCAAAAAACAAAGAUUCGGUGGAAUGGUUGCUGCUCCUGGCCUGCGCCGUGCAUCUCGUCGUUUGUCCGUUCACAAAAGUCGAGGAGAGCUUCAACCUGCAAGCUAUACACGACAUCAUUUACCAUAGAACGAACAUUUCGAAUUACGACCACCUGGAAUUCCCCGGUGUUGUGCCGAGGUCGUUUAUGGGACCUCUGAUGGUUGCCCUUUUUGCUGGUCCUUGGGUUGCUGUGAGCGCCCUGAUGGGCUUGGAAAAGAUAGUUGCACAGUUCAUUGUCAGGGCUGUCCUUGGGACAAUGGUGGCAUGUGCAUACCGUGAGUUCACCAGGGCUCUCCAGAAAGAAUUUGGCUCCGCCAUGACCAACUGGCUUACCUUGCUGACAGUGUCACAGUUCCACUUUGUCUUCUAUAUGUCACGUCCACUUCCCAACACCUUUGCUUUGAUUUUCGUGUUUCUUGCAUAUAGCUCCUGGCUGGAACAACGCCAUUUGCCACUUAUUGUCACAAGUGGAGUGGCUGUCCUUGUUUUCCGUGCUGAGCUGGCAUCCCUCCUGGGCAUCAUCAUCCUCGUGGAGAUAUUCCUUGGUCGUCUGAGCAUCUUCAACGUUUUCAAGUGGGGAAUCCCCAUCGCCCUAGCAUUGCUCGGAACAACUAUUGCUAUUGACUCCUUUUUCUGGCAACGAUGGCUGUGGCCAGAAGGUGAAGUGCUCUGGUUCAAUGUGGUGCUGAACAAGAGCUCUGAAUGGGGUACUUCACCUUGGUCGUGGUACCUGUAUUCAGCCCUUCCUCGGGCGCUUGGCAGCUCUCUGCUCCUGAUCCCCGUCGGUGUGUGGGUGGACCGGCGGGUGAAGAUGCUGCUACUGCCUGCCGGGGCAUAUGUGCUUCUGUACUCGUUCCUGCCCCACAAGGAGCUGCGUUUCAUCAUCUACACUCUCCCUCUCCUCAACGUGGCUGCUGCAAGGGCAUGUUUGCACUUCUGGAAUAACAGGCUCAAGUCCUCGUGGCAUGUCGUCUGCACGCUGGGCAUCUGCUUUCAUCUUGUUGCUAACCUUUUUGCGACUGGCCUCCUGCUUUACGUCUCCAGCCAUAACUACCCUGGGGGCUACGCACUUAAGAAGCUGCACGAAAUCGAGGCAGGAUUGCCAGUUGCCAAUAUCCACAUCGAUGUGUUUGCCGCUCAGACAGGGGUCUCCAGAUUUGGAGAGCUGAAUCCUCAUUGGAGAUACAACAAGACAGAAAACCUUGUACCUGGUGGUCUGGAGAUGCAGAGCUUCACGCACCUCAUUUUGGAGGGCAAGUCUAUGCACAGUAGCUCGGUGGUGCCUUACCGGGACACCCAUGAGCUGCUGGCCACAGUGGAAGGCUACAGCCACGUGCGGCUCAACUACGCUGCCUUGCCGCUUGUGCAUGUGCGGACUCGACCCCGAGUGCUCAUUCUCAGGCGCAAGGUGCCGCCCACGCAAGUCAUCCUCAAUCUCCAGCGCAAGCAGUCAGCACGAGUGUGACGGCCACAGUGUUAUGCUUGACAUACGAUAGUUGCCUCAGGUCUCUGCCAACCAUUUUGGUUUGCUCAGUGCAACGUUACGAGAUCCAGAAAUGUGGGAAAUGGUGCCAAGAAUGGGGCAACAAAGGGCAUAUAUUGA